CAAACCUCCGUUCUCCUUCUCUUGCUUUCUCUUUACUUUUCGUGACGUUCGCUUGUCGGCAACUCCGUCUUUGUUUUCUUUCCUUAGUUUCGACCCAUCCAAUCAAGAGGACUUAGGGCUCUCUGGGCCCCGUCUGACAUGUGCAAGCGCGGGUAACCCCGACACGCCACUUUUUGUUUCCGGUUCGAUCUCGAUUCCUGAAACGGCAAACGAUGGCUGCGUCACGCUAUAAAGACAAGGACGCCGGCGUCGUGCUGUCCUUCAAUGGCCAGUGGGUGAGCUGGUCGCACACUGCCGUCGCAUAUCUUGCAUUCCUCAGCGCCCUCAUCGUCGGCUCCGCACUACACUACCACAAGAUCGUCCGGAAUGAGUGGUUUGGCUACCCCGACGAGUGGUUUCCGUCCGUCUCGGCCACCAUUGGCGACCGCUAUCCCGAGCGCUCCAUCUUCAUGAUCUUCAUCGCUAUCACUUCCGGACCGAGAUUUGCGCUCGUCGGCCUCUGGUACCUCCUCACUGCGAAGCCCGGCCGCACCCUCCCGAAGGCGAUCGCCAUCUCCGGCCUCAUCCGGACGCUGACGUGCGGCGGAUGGACCUACAUCACGUCGACCGAUGACCACGACUGGCACGACAUCCUCAUGAUCUCGUACAUUGUCUUCACGAUCCCCUGGACGACCGGCUGCAUUGCCCUGAGCCCGCCGAAUGCCAAGGCCAUCAAGUACCGGAAGUACUUGGCUAGCGCCUUUUUCGGCACGCUGGUGCCAUUGGUCUACUUCUUCAUCCAGCACAAGGUCCACCGUGUGCCAGGGGCCUACACGAUCUACGCCUUCUUCGAAUGGAGUUUGAUCAUUCUCGACAUUGCCUUCGACGCCGUUACGGCGCUAGACUUUGACACCUUCGAGGUGGUUGUCAGGGACGUCAAGGGCGCAAGCAUGGGUGCCAACCAGUCGUCCGUGCCCACUGCCGUGCUUGAAAAGGAAAAGGAGAAGGCCACCGCGGGCGUGUUUUCGGCGGGAUUCCGGCUGGACGAGGCUCUUGACAUUGCUGCCGAUAUCUACCAUGGCUUUGUCUUUUGGUCCAUCUUGACCAGCCUGGGCGUCGUGGUCUGGUACUUCCCCCUCUGGCACAUGGGCAUCUCGGGCUUCGAGGCGCUCAUCAUGACAUCCGUUGCCCCCGCUCUCCUCGGCAUAAGAUCGCUUCGCUCCCUGGUUCUCAAGAACCAGCGUCUUACCCACCUGCUCUCCCUCGCUGGUCUGGUAGCUUACCUGGUCGAGGACCCCACCCGUCGACUCUUCGUUGUCGGGUUCGGGGUCGCCGUGAGCUGUCUCGGAUGGGCCGCCACCCUGUCCUCCGACUCGGUUCACCCGGCGAGAUUGGAGAUGCGCGUUCUCGCAUGGGUUAUUGGCCUGCUCAUGUCGUCGGUCGCCAAGUUUGCCUGGUACACCAACAAUCCCAUCUGGCCCAUCAUGCACGCGGCGAACGGGGGUUGGAACGGCACCGGCUUGGUGCUCGCUGUGCUCGCCGUGUUGCGGUUCACACGCCGUGCUCCCUUGCAGGGCGGCAACUCGUCCGAAGCGAAGAGCGGGUCGACGUUGCUUUCCGCCCUGGGCAUCGGCGGCCUGUUCUUCGCACUCCACUCGCUCCUCUCCGAUACCAGCACCAUGAUUCUCUGGGUCUGGGAUGGGUACCCGAUCCGCGGUCCCGUCUCUAACGUCCACGGGUGGUACACCGUUGCCGCCAUGACCGCCGGUGUUGUCGCUGGCAUCUCGCGCCCGGCCCUUGUCACGACGUGGACCGCGUACGGCGUGGGCUGCGUGGGCGCCGCUCUUCUCACCCUCUACCAUCACUGGCUCGGUUACUGCGGUGGCCUCGCGCUCGCCGCCUACCUGACGGCCAUCGCGAUCCCGCUGAUCAGCAGCGCUGCCAAGAAGAGCCCGGCCGUCACCUUCGGCCUCGGUUUCCUCAUUUACAACUUCAUGGUUCUCUUCCACGUCUGGGUCGUCGCCUACGCCUUCGUGCCGGGCGGCCCGCUCGUCCGGGAACGCACCGACUGGAUCAUGAUCACCAUGAUGCUGCUGAUCGGCGCCGGCCUCUUGGACCUCAUCUCGCAGCAAGCCAAGUCGGCUCGCGUGCAGGCGGCCCCGCGCGGCGCGACCAAGACCAACCAUCGGAAGUACCACCUCGGCGCGCUGGCCGUCCUCAACGUGCUGUUCCUCUGCGCCAACGUCCUGCGCUUCCCCGCCAACGACUACAAGCCGUACCAUGCCGAGAACCGGCUCAUCACGGCGGGCAUCUGGACCAUCCACUUCUCGCUCGACAACGACAUGUGGUCGUCCGAGUACCGCAUGCGGGACCUGCUCAAGGAGCUCGAGGUCGACGUGGUCGGCCUGCUCGAGUCGGACCUGCAGCACAUCAUCAUGGGCAACCGCGACACGACCCAGUUCCUGGCCGAGGACCUGGGCAUGUACGUCGACUACGGGCCGGGCCCCAACAAGCACACGUGGGGCGCGGCGCUCCUGUCCAAGUUCCCCAUCCUCAACUCGACCCACCACCUGCUGCCCAGUCCCGUCGGGGAGCUGGCGCCGGCCAUCCACGCCACCCUGGACGUGUACGGCACCCUCGUGGACGUCUUCGUCUUCCACUCGGGCCAGGAGGAGGACCCGGAGGACCGGCGGUUGCAGUCCGAGUACAUGGCCAGGCUGAUGGGGUCGUCGCCGCGGCCGAGCAUCCUGCUGUCGUACCUGGUGACGACGCCGCUGCAGGGCAACUACAACACGUACGUGUCGGCCACGAGCGGGAUGCACGACGUGGACGAGACGGACGACGACCGCUGGUGCGAGUACAUCCUGUUCAAGGGCCUGCGCCGCACCGGGUACGCCCGCGUCAGCCGCAGCACCAUCACCGACACGGAACUGCAGGUCGCCAAGUUCGUCGUGCCCGCGUCCGAGGACGACGCCGCCUCGACCUGGUCGGCGCCCAAGGCGCUGCGCGACCGCCGCGUGCCCGAGGAGGAGGUGCCCGAGGGGAUGCGGUUCCCGGCCAUGUUCAGGGGCGAAGGAGUCCGCGGCCAUCGCUAUCACGUUUUUGAUGAGCCGCGGUAUUAUGCUUUCUAAAGUGGAGAGAGGAGGAGAGGAGAGGAACAGAGGAGGUGAAGGGGGGAAGAAGCGGGUUUGAGUGAUGGCGGAUCGAUUGGGGUGGCUGUCUGAUGAUAUGUGGUGAUGAAGGGUUAUGAGUUAAGAUGUAUUAAGGGAAAGGGGGGAAUGGUAGGGGGUUGGAGUUGGCGUGUUUGUUUAUUUCGAUUUGGGCUAAUGUAACGGUGAUGACGGUUCGGCGGCGGCGGCGGAGGUGUAAGUGGGAGGACAACGUCGUACUAGUAAAACUAGUACAAGAGUAACGAAAUUUCUAAGUUGUG